AGGAUCGACGGCCAACUCCAGUCCAUCAGUUCAGGACAGACGUACGUCCUGAAUAACGGCACGGUUCAUCUUGUGGCGGAGAUUCCAAGUACCACCGAGUCCGGGGAGGUUAUACUGUUUUCAUUCACCUUUGAAUCAGGUGCAUCGGUUGCAUUUGACAUCCGGUUCUCGCCCAAGAUGGGUCGUCAGUACCUGAACACCAUCUUCAGUCCGACAGCAGACUUUAAGGAGAAGACUCAGGGACUGUGUGGGUUUAUGGACGAUGCUGAGGACAACGACUUCACAGGACCGGACGGAGCUCUGCAUGGGGAUGCUAACUCAUUCGCUGAGUCAUGGCGCAUCAACACCACUCAUCACGGGUCCGGCCUGCUGGGUUCCUGGUCCUGGAACUCUUCAAACUUCCACCCCGAUGACGUCAUGGAUGAAGCUUAUACCGACCAAAGUCACAAACCAACACUUGGAUUGGACGGACUCACACCGGAGCAACGCAAGGUAGCAGAAGAGACCUGCACGCAGCUCGGUUUGUCAGGUGUUCUUCUGGAAGAAUGCAUUUUUGAUGUCGUCAUUACAAACGACACGACCUUCUCACAGCAGGAAGUCUUCAAACUCGGAUGCCCUUCUCAGUGCUCCGGUAGAGGGCGCUGUGUGAACAACACCUGUGAGUGCAUGCCGGGCUGGUCAGGUCCGGACUGUGACGUAGGCAACUGUACGGACUGUUCCGGAGAACACGGGAAGUGCGUGCUUGGGUUCUGCCAGUGCGAGCCAGGAUGGGAGGGAACAAGCUGCUCCCAGCGUGCAACUUGCCAUGCAGUUAACAACUGUACCGACGAGCAGCAUGGCCUGUGUGUGAAAACAAACGUAUGCGCGUGCGUCCCCGGAUAUAUAGGUACGGACUGCAGUGAGAUCCCGACCUGUUACAAGACCGACAACUGUACCUCCCGUGGUGUCUGUGUGGAUCACGACAGGUGUCUGUGUGAGCGGAACUGGACGGGAGACAAAUGUGACAAGUUUUCCUGCAAGAACCUGGACAACUGCACAGGACAUGGGCUCUGCGUGGACAUUGACGUCUGUGCUUGUGAUUGGGGCUGGACCGGAAGUUCGUGUGCCAUACCUGAUUGCCCAUUGGUCAACCACUGUUCCCGCCAUGGAGACUGUGUCGCACCCGACCUGUGCCGCUGUUACCCGGGGUAUGACGGGAAGGACUGUAGUCUCGUACAGACCUGUCCUGAGCUGAACAACUGCAGCAGUAACGGCAUUUGUGUGAGAAACGAGUCGUCAGGGACUGACAUGUGCAGGUGCUUCCAGGGUUAUAACGGGGAUAACUGCAGCAGACCUGACUGCUCAGGCCGGAAUGACUGUUCAGGCCACGGUGUGUGUGUGGAGCCCAUGCUGUGUGAGUGUGACAAGGGGUACGGCGGCGUCAACUGUAGCGACUUCUCCUGUCAGAAGAACAACUACUGCUCAGAGCACGGAGAGUGUACUGACUAUGACGUCUGCACAUGUAACACGUCAUGGUCGGGAGAGGCGUGUAACAUCCCAGACUGCUCUGCGGUGAGCAACUGUUCCAGCCGGGGAACGUGUCUCGCACCUGACACCUGCGACUGCUACCCUGGGUACGAAGGUGACGGUUGUGAGUUAGAAACCCCGCCAAACCUGCAUCGUCCCAACUUUACCCAAGACAUCUACAGGAUCCAAGUCGUAGAGAACACCCCAGUUGGAACGGUAGUGGCAACAGUACGAGCGACUGACAACGACACGGGUAUAAAGGGAGAGAUGAAGUACAGGGCGGUUGAGCUCAGCAACACUACAGCACUUACCUUAGUUCCCGGGACGGCAGAUAUUGCCACAACCAUGGAGCUGGACUUUGAAGCCAUCGGAGAAAAAGAGUUCCAGUUGAUCGUUGAAGCCAUAGACGGGGGUGCGCCGACACUAACAGGAACAGCCACGGUUGUCAUGACGAUCACAGAUGACAAUGAUAACAUCCCUGCACUGAACAUAGCUGAGGAGUCCGAAGUGCAUGUUGUAUUGAGUGCUCCUAUUGGCUACGAAGUUAUCGCCAUUAAUGCAAGCGACCAUGACGUGUCUGCGUCAUUCUCUAACGUGACGUUUAGUCUUGCGUCAGCGAAUGAUUUCUUCGUGAUUGACGAAAUCAACGGACGUAUUCAGGUACAACGCGCCUUGCAAAUAGGCACAUAUCCAUUGGAAGUUGUGGCGAGUGAUGGCGGUUAUCCACCAAAAGCGCGAAGGGCGACAGUUCGAGCCGUUGUUGCACAGGUAAGCGCAAACAAACCUCCUGUCUGUCAGCAACAAGACGGUCCUGUUCAUCUCUACGUGGACAUCAGCAAACCAGGUGACGUCAUCACAACUGUGUCUGCACUAGACCGCGACAUCGGAACAGCUGGCGAUCUUCGGUACAGCAUCAGUGAUAGAAAGGGCAACCUGUCAAGUGAGUUUCAGGUGAAUCCAACAACAGGAAACAUCUACUUGACAACCGCACUAGACCAGCCUUCUAUCAAUAUUUCCUUCGUGUCGCUGACUGCACGAGCUACAGACCUCGGCACGCCGCCAUUGCACUGCGACCUCCGGGUGAACAUUGUUAUCACAAUCAACCAAUCACUGCCCGUCAACGUCACGUUCCCGCCAGAUUGGUUCACCACGGAAAUUGACCACAGUCUGCUUACAACAACCGCCCUAGGUCUCAAUACAACAACCCAAGGUUUGAAUACAACCGUCCAAGGUCUCAAUAAUAUAACAGCUCAAGGUCUCAAUACAACCGUCCAAGGUCUUCAUACAUCCUCCCAUGGCCUUGAUACAGCCAUUCAGGUUCCCAUGACAACCACCCAAGACCAGGCAGGCACUUCAAACGAGGAAGUUACGUCACCUACCAAUAUUGGAGCAGUGCCAGCCCAGCUAACCUGGUACCAGCAACCGGAGUACAUCGGCGCCAUAGCUGGAGGCAUCAUGGGUGUGGUACUUUCGAUCUCUGUCCUCAUCUACGUCAUCAAGCGCAGGAAUCCCGGAGCUAAAGUCCUACCGGGGAAAAAAGAAGUAGAACCCUGGACACGGAUUAACACACCAAACUUUGACUGUCCGGCCGCCCCAAGAUUGGAGACCCCAAGUGCGCCCCCCUCUCUCACAGUUUAUAAGAACACACCAAACUUUGAAUGUCCGGCCGCCCCAAGACUGGAGACCCCACGUGGGCCUCCCUCUCUCACACUUUAUAAGAACCGUGCCUUCCAGGCAUAAUCUGCCGAAGCGGUUUUGACAUAAUGAAGUGUUUGUUAUUGUCUCGUGUGAAAACAUGUUAGUGCAUUUUGCUUCGCCAGCAGCUGUUCUAGUACAGUGUGAUAUAUGUAUUAUUUGUUUGUUUUGUUUGUAUUUGUCAUUAAGCUGUGUUAAGUAAACAACGGAGCUCCUGACCGGGGCUUGAUGUGUGUGCCAUAGAAAAGUACACAGUAGAUAUGGUGCAUAACAACACAAAUGUUUUCUUUGCUAACGUUAACAUUCAUGUAUAUAAUACGCAUGAUCAUCCGGAUAUUUAAUUUUGUUGAGAAAAUACAUCAUUGUCACAAUGUGUUUAAGUGUGUGGGACAUUCGAAAUACAAAUGUCAAUAAGAUCCUCAUUAACAAAACAGUUAAAUUAGAGCAGUGUUCAAUAAGCAUGAUGGGUCAAUUUUGUGCGUUCAAACCCAAUAUUGAUUUUAAUACGACGAUGAUAAGAUACGAGACAUAUCAAUUUUGUAAACGCAUAACGUUUAUGUUGGGUUUGUGUGGAAUGUUAAAUGUUCAGUAAUAAAAUGUCUAUUGAUGA